AUGGAUGCCAACGAUGCAUCCUCGCCUGGGAGUUUGAGCUCGCCCCCGCACUCGCCUGAAGGCACGCCCACAUCCACAGUUCGAGUGUCCGGUACUGGUGUUGGUGUUGGACCUGCAAACGUUAGCACGCCAACCCCUGCAAACGCGACAUCACCAGCACCACGAGGCCUCACAGCUUCUGGACAGCCACGCAAAAAGCCAGGGCCAAAACCAAAAUCAAAGGACCCAGCUGUGCCAGAGCCAGAGAAGAAAACCCGAAAGCCUCGCAAACCUGUGGAGCCGAAGGAUCAGAGUGCAGGCCCUGUGCGCAAAAGGAGAGCAAAGGCUUCUAUAGAAGCGCAGGCUGCGCAGCCAGUACAGGUCGUUGAUGAGAAACCAAUCGUACAGAACUCGCCCACACCGCAACCCAGACCUGCAGAACCAGUACCAACCUCGCAACAGCCAGAGCACUCUCCUGCGAUUACGCAAGCUUCUCGCGUAAUGGGCAGUCAAGAGCCCACACUUCACAGCAACCCCAACCUUUCCCAUAUUAAUGUCGCACCCUCAACACCACGCCCGUCCAGUUCAGGGCAACGAUACGACCCUAUUCGAGGCGGUAUCAUGGAGGACAAACCACAAAUUCCAGCAAGCGCGCCGCCGCCGCCGCCGCCGCCCAUCUCCCCUCCAAUCAACCGCGCAAGUGCAUCGCCAUCCAUCACCAGUCUGAUCGACCCGCCCUCUGCUAGCAAUUCUUUCUUCACACAGCCAGUGAAGCUACAACAGCAUGCAUCCAUAACAUCUGCCCCGCAAUCCCCGGCCAGCUUCCACGCGCGACCUGGGCCGCUCCUUCCUUCGCAAGACUUCUCAGCUCCACCUCCACCUCCACAACAACAACAUCAACAACAGCCGCAGCAACAGCAGCAGCAACAGCAGCAGCAGCUAACACCACAGCAUCUGCCCUACACCGCCGCGCCAACAGGACCUGCGCCGAUGGAGGUUGAUUCUGAGCUCACAAACCCGAUAAUGGCAUCUGCACCAAAGGUAACACCAACCACGAACGGGACACCCGCAAGCCAAAGCGCACCGACCCCGCCCACAAAGUCUGCUCGUCAGAAAGAGGCUCCACCACCUUUGCCGACUGGUAGUGGUCUACUUUCUGGUACUCCCUUUGGGCCUGCGACAACCAACACCAACAGCACCGCCGAAGCUCCGAGCGCACCGAACAUUUACCUGACCUUCGAUCUCAAGGGGCGACAGAACACUACGAUCAACGUUGCUCUGGAGAUCGAGAAGAGGUAUGGUUUCGCUGCGCUUCAUCCUCGCAUUGCCGCCCGACAAGAACGCCAACGCCAGAUGAAGGCCGCUGGUGCUGCUCUUGAGCGGGCUGCAGGUGGUGUUUCCACUGACGACAUGUCAGUCGAUUUGUCUGAGAAUGAGAGCAAUGUGGAGAUGGGUGGCAUGGAUGACAAUGCUUCUGCGACCGAAAACGGUGGUAAGAAGCGGCGCAAGAGAAAGCAGGAGGAUUAUGACAAAGAAGACGACUUCAUCGACGACACAGAACUAGCUUGGGAGCAGCAGGCGCUCAUGGCCAAGGAUGGCUUCUUCGUGUACAGCGGUCCUCUCGUGACUGAAGAGAAGCCUGCUGUGGAGAGGGCCGACGGUACCGUUAGACGCGGUAGGGGCCGUGGGCGCGGCGGCACGACGCGAGGUGAGACUUCGGGCAGGGGUCGUGGUCGCGGUGGUGGCCCAGGUUCCCGUGGCGGUUCCACCGUUCGUAAACCUCGCGUCACCAAGGCAGACCGCGCUGCGAUGGAACAAGAGAAGAUCGCACGGGAGAAAAUGGGCGAGUCGAUUGCCAAACAGCCUGUCACAACAAGUUCAGCUGCCCCGAUUGGGUAG